AUGAUCAAAUUAAAUAGGAAACAAGCAGUGGCAUUAAGAGCAAUCAUGGAUACAUUUGUUGCUCCACUGGAUGACAAUGAAUCCCUUUCACUAGUACAGGAUGCUCAUCAAUCUAAUAACAAUAGUCUCAUGGAAGGUGGCACGGGUAAUAUCGAUUUAUCAGCUAUGGCAGCCACCUCAGCAACAGAUCUAGAUGAUAUGCUUGAAGUGACCUUACAUUAUAUGACCAAAUCCAUUCUUCCUCAUGUCCAUCAACACAUCUUGUCCACAUUACGAUUAUUAUCCUCCUCUUUGGGCUCGGCCUACCUAACCGGUCAUCGUCGUCCUUUUUAUCAUCUAUCUCGUCCACAACGAGAACAAGUGCUAUUGAAAUGGAAAGUGGCUAAGAGUGCUCAACAACGUCAACUGUAUCGUUUUUUAAGUAUUUUGGCUUUAUACACCAGUUAUGGACAAUCUGAUAUCUUGCGUGCAGCCACAGGAUAUGCUCAUGUUCACCAUAAUACAUCAUCAUCAUCUAGUCUUUUGAAGGAGGAUCCUUAUGGUAUGGCCACCAAACCUUAUCAUAUGGUCGCUUUGGAUGAGGCCAAAGCAUUACAAUCCAAAAAAUUUGAUGUGAUCAUUGUAGGAAGUGGUGCUGGGGCUGGUGUGAUUGCUGCUCAAGUGGCAUCCGUAGGAGAGACUGUCUUGGUGAUAGAAAAAGGAAAAUAUUAUAGGGAAGAUGAAUAUGAUUCUGAUGAUAUUAGUGGAUUUGCAAAGAUGUAUGAUGGUGAUGGUGUACAAUUCAAUAAGAAUGGUUCUAUUGGGAUCAUGGCUGCAAGUACUUUUGGUGGUGGCACGGCAGUUAGUUGGGGUGUUGCUCUUAAACCUUCUCCUUCUUUGUUGAAUGAAUGGUCCGAAGCAACAGAUGAUUUAUUUGAUGCUAAAACCUUCAAUAGGGAUCUCAUUACAGUCAGUCAACGGAUGGGUGUUUCAACAAAUACUAAUCACAACAAUGCCAACAUGAUCUUGAAGAAAGGAUGCAUGCAAUUAGGGGUUAGCAAUUCUGAUUGUCCAAAUGACUCACGUAAUGUCAAUCAUAUCUGCAAAGUAUGCUAUGCUGGGUGUAAUGAAGGUGGACAACAAAGGACGGCAAACUCAUGGUUACGGGACGCUGAAGUGUAUGGUGCGAGAUUUUUGGAUCAAACUGAAGUCACCAAAGUACUUACACAAAAUGGCAGGGCUAUGGGAGUGGUAUGUUUGACUAGGAAUACGCCACUUACAUUUAUUUCAAGGGCGGUCGUUGUGGCUGCUGGUAGUCUGCACACGCCUCUUCUUCUUCGACGUAGUGGAUUGAAAAACAAGCAUAUCGGUGCACAUCUUCGUCUUCAUCCUUCUACAGGUGUUUUAGGUGUUUACGACAAACAGCAAAAUGUGGAUCAAGCUGCAAUGUCAACGGUGAUGAGUCAUGUAUCAAGUAGAAGUGGUUAUGGUCAUCAUGGUGCUCGUAUCUAUAUUCCUCCGUCCAACCCUAUUCGAACAUCGAUCAUGUAUCCUUGGCGUGGUGCUCUCCAACACAAACAGUUUAUGGCUAAAUAUCCUCGUGCAGUGGCAUUUGAAAUUCAUACAAGUGAUAUAGAUUCUGAAAAUACAGUUGUGGAAGAAAAAGGUCGAAUGACGGUGACAAGUAAGUUAUCUAAACGUGAUGAACAAUCUUUGAUGGAUGGUGUGGUUCGUGCUUUCCGUAUCUUGGCUGUUACUGGUGCUAGAGAACUUCAUCAUUCUCAAUCCGACAUUGAACCUUUCCAUUUUGAUCAAGAUGUACAAGGUGUGGAUGCUGUCAAGAAUCCUAAAUUUAAUACAUGGUUGAAUCGUAUUCGACAAAAUGGAUUUCCAGAUGGAUUAUUUACAACACAACAAUUAGGAUCAUGUCGUAUGGGAAAGAAUCCUCAAUCAUCAGUUGCAAAAGUUACUGGUGAAACCUGGGAAAUUGAAAACUUGUAUAUUGGUGAUGGUUCUCUUUUUAUUACAGCUUCUGGUGUGAAUCCCAUGCUUACUAUUGAAACUUUGGCCUAUGGAAUAUCAAGACAUAUUAUUAAUAGAUUAGAAAAUAGGUAGUUUCCCUCUCAAAUUAGUUUUCAUAGUAGUUCAUUAAUUGAAAAACAUGAAAAAAAAAAUAGUAUGUGAUGUUAUAUUCCUUGACUGGUUUCCUUUUUUGGUUUUGCUUGAGUUGAAUUUAAGUAUUCCAUCUUUGAAAAAAAAAA